AACUCAUUUAAAUACUUCGCCAGCACUCUUCACCGAGUACGCGCUUCCAUUUCUUUUGCGACGACGUGCCUCUCCAAGCACCAGCUCUUCUCGUUUGUCGGUAAAAAGACAAGGAAUCAUGUCCGAUGAAGGAAAACUUUUCGUCGGUGGCCUGAGCUUCGACACCACAGAGGAAUCUCUGGCAGAAGCUUUCGCCAAAUAUGGAAACAUCGCAAAAGUUGAUGUCAUCAGGGAUAAAGAAACGGGAAGGUCUCGUGGAUUCGGCUUCGUAAAGUACGAUAAUGCCGAUGAUGCAAAGGACGCAUUGGAGGGAAUGAACGGCAAGUCUGUCGAUGGCAGGACCAUUCGUGUGGAUGAAGCGGGCAAGGGUGGCGGUCGCUCUGGAGGCGGCGGCGGAGGCGGUGGAUUCAGAGGUUCCAGAGGCGGUGGCGGAUAUGGUGGUGGAGGUGGCUAUGGAGGGGGGAGAGGAAGAGGUGGCGGAGGAUAUGGUGGCGGUGACAGGGGAUAUGGUGAGAGGAGCUAUGGUGGUGGAGACCGCAGCUAUGGAGGUGGAGACCGGAGUUACGGGGGUGGCGGUGGAUACAGGAGCGGCGGUGGCGGAGGAUACUCUUCUGGUGGCGGAGGAUACAGAGACAAUAGGGGCCAGGGAAGCUACGGGGACCGCUCUGGGGGUUCCUAUAGAGACAGCUACGACAGCUAUGCUGCACACGAGUAAAAAAUCUGCCCCCGAUUCAAGAUCAUCCCUUGGCUGGCUGUAUUUAAAAAGCUCAAGAAAUUUGUCCACGUGUUGUUGACCUGAUUUUUGUAGUCCUAUUCUGUGUUUAAGUAGCUCGGCGUCUUUAAAUUUAGCCAUGAGUUUUGGCCAUUAAUUUACCAACCAUGUUUAAAAAGUUAAUGUUCUCUAAACGAUGCAUCUCAAUUUGCUCUUAUGGCAUUUAGUUCUAUUGAUAAAGUAUAAUGUCUGACUUGUUGGUGCUGUAAAAACAAACGUUGCUUCACAUGGCUGUUUGUAUAUAAACACCCACUGUUCUUUACAUUCUACGCCCUGUCCCUAUCAGCACUGACAUCACCAUUUAAAUCCUUGAUAUUAAUAUUGUGGACAUCAAUGAGGCUUGUUUACCUUUGUUUUAAACGAGAAUAUCCGACCUACCUCCUGCCAAGUUUUAAACUGAGUGAAAAAGAAAAUUAUUAUUUUGACAAAACCUCUAUACAAUUGAGGUUCUUAAAAUAGCUGAGGGUCCUGUAUGUUCAGUUUCCAAAAAGAGUGAAUUCCCUUCAGACUGGUGAAAAUGCACACCUGAUGUGGCUGGCUGUUCAUGAAGUUGCAAAUUGCAACAUGCUACAGUCUGCCCACGGUAUCUUGUUAUUUUGCUCUGCUCAAUGCCUGCAUUUUUUAAAUGUACUUGUUAUAAUCGAUGGAACACAAAGAUGAUCCAAAUGUUACACCUCUUGCCCAAUAAUAUUCCACCUGGGAACGAUUUUGUACUUUAUGUUCUUUGUAUCAUCAACAUUGAAGAUUAUUUUGUCAAUUUUGGCUUCAUGGAGCCUAUUAAAACGAUUUGUUGAAAAUA